UGGUGCGGUGGUGGGUGGUACAGAUCCCACGGUUUCCAUCGGUGGGGACUGCGGCGGGCGCGUCGAGAGUCCCCGGAAUCACGCGGCGGUGGUGGGAGGCACAGCGGAAGCCGGUGACACACCCGCAGAUCUCCGAGCGAACUCGACGCCGUCGUGACUUUGGCCAUGUCGGGGAUCGACCAGAGACAUUUGCUCAACAAGUGUUUGGUGAUUGACCUGCGGCGGUCUCCAGAGAAGGUCACCAAAGGUCAUCGCAACGGGCAGAAGCACGGCGCCGAGGAGGAUGGCUUCGUCGUAUUCAAAGCGUGGCUGCACACAAACCUGGAGACGUACUGGAGCCCUCCGCUGCUGUCGGCACUACGCCGGCUGACGCUGGUCGGCCUGUUGCGGCCCUGUAUGUUCCUGGUGACGGCACCGUCCGGUCACCUGGAGGUCAUCCGCACCGCCUGGAGCCAGCGCACGCUCCGCGCGCCGCCCGGCUACACUGUCGCCAUGCUAGGUGUACCACACCGAGCACGGCUACCGGAUCGUGACGCCCGGCACGUACCAGCGCCAGCUAGCGGCCGAGCUGGAGCGCGAUGCCAUCCGCUGUGGCCGCAGCGUCAGCCGGCUGGUGCAGACAGACCUGGCCGACAUCAUACUCGGAGGCUCGGACUCUGACCCGGUGGUACACGCACGCCCUCUACAGAGCGAGACACUAGCGCCGUCUUUCGGCAUGGGCGUGUUCGCUCGGCGCCAUUCCCUCAAGUUGUCUGCCAGCCAGCGGGAGGAGCACUUCCGUCGGGCCAGCUCGAUGAGGUACCCGAGCUGUGUGCUGCGGCCGGUUAGCAGCCGCAAGACGUACACCUGACGAAACGCCCACCAGCGAGGAGUAUAGCGUCUUGGAGCGCGCGUCGCUGUUCUCCAAGCUGCUGCGCCUGGCGGCGCCGCGCCGCCAGCUGGCCACGUUCAGCGCCCAGUUUCCGCCACCUGAUUGGACGGCCGGUGACGUCACUCAUCUGCACUCAGUCGGCACGCAGACGGUGGCCCGGCGCGCGCCGCUGGCCGACGGCUCGCCCAAGAUGUUCCACUCUCGACGCCACAAGCACCGGCGAACAGCCAACGGCAGUAUGGAUCGCCUGGUGGAAACCGCCGACACUUCAGCUACAGCCGCCGACCGCGGGGCGGCACCACGGUCGUCGACACUGCCGCGGCGCACGAAGCUCACCGAGUUCCUGGCGGACGCCGCCGUCGAGCAGCAGAGACCAUCGCCGCCACUGGCGGUCCACGCGCGUCGCAGCGGCCGGUCGUGCCGCGUCAAAGGCGAGCCGUCGCUGCCGCCCCAGGAGGCCGGCGGUCGCUCUCGGCGGAACAUGCACGGUGCGCAUGCGGAGACCGACGCCGCUAGCAGUCGGGACACGCGACAGAGUGUGUGCGGCAGCAGCGGCGACACGGUGGACUCUGGGCUGGCGGCCAGCGGCGGCUCCACAG